AUGAGUAGUCCAACACCAAAUAAUGAUCUGAACAAUCCUGGAGUAGAGAAAAAGUCGUUUCGAUUCCUAAUUCUGGCGGUAUCACUGGGAGCGGCUGUGCUGUAUUCUGCUGGAGGGCGCCAAUGCCAACUACCAGAGAUUUCGGGGGCCGGGUUAGAGCACAAGGUCGAGCACAAGGUCGAGCACAAGGUCGAAGAAAAGGUUGCGCUCCAGACAGAAGCGAAAAGCCGUCUUACCCCUGCAAUGAAACAAAAUUUUGCCUUGGUCUCCGAACCAGCAUCCGAAAAACACACUGCUGUAUUCUGGCACAAUCCCAAGGCGGGUGGUACCACGAUAGAAAACAUGUACUACAUUUGCAGAGGCAUGGUCAUCGCCAAUCAGGUUGGUGGAGUCCAGGAGCUUGUUCCAUCGUGGAAUGCUACGUCCAUAGCAGUUCAUGUUCCUUGGCAAAUUGAUGGGGUUCGUGUCUCUGUUGUCAAUGUGGAUACUUCCACUAGGGAAGGGAUCAAACGGGCCAAACAACUUGGACUGGCAGAAUCGGGGCUUUCCGAGACUGUCUUUUCGCCAUUACUGCGCGAUACGGCCACCAUCUUUUCACCGACACACAAGGGCCGCAUCUUUGCCCUCUUUCGACACCCGGUGGAUCGGGAAAUUAGUAGGUUCUUUUACCUGCAGGAUGCUACUUGGGAGCCACAAUACAGCCCCGAAACUAGGAAUUGGACGGCUGCACAAUACACAAAAUCCGGAAAGUUUGUUCCGGACUGGACCGUGCGAAGCGUCGUUGGAAAAACGCUUAAGGAGUUUCCAAUCCUGACAGCACAGGAUCUGGCGGACGCAAAGGAGCUGAUGCAAACCAGAGUCCUGGUGGGGCUCACAUCCAACAUGAAGGAGAGUGCCGAGAGGUUUGAUAAAUUCUUUGGUUUCAAGUACAAAAAUGAAAAGGCCAAAAACUGCUCGACAGAUCUGCUGACUGGAAAAUCCAAACGUGCCAAUAAACAUUCCCAUCCCAAGAUGGUGGCAGGAAGUGAGGAGUGGGAAGCCUUUGCGGAUGGCAAUCGAUGGGAUAUCAAACUAUAUCAGUUUGUGGAAGAGUUGUUUCAAGAACAAAGCAAGUUGUUUCAUUAGGAGUUCCGCAAAAGGAACGGACGUGGUUAUGGAUCCUCCAAGUAGUGGAGUUGGCAAUGUCUCUCAAGAUCCCUGAGAAGAGAGACGGCCAGAUGAGCAGAGUUUAGGUCGAGUUGCUUGCAGGCUGUCGCUGCAUUGCCGGCUGCGAGGAGGAAACCCAUCUCGCGAGGGCACUUUCGUACACGUCGAACCUGGAGAAGACACGGGAGAAACGACUGGCGAUAGGUGUAUCGGUGCUAGAUGGGAGUUUUUGGUUCGUUCAGAACUACCGACUGGAAAUGGCACUGACAAGAUCAACAUCAUGCUGGCGAGGGCAAUCCUAGUCGCUGCUCUCGGGUGGUGAGCAACAAUUGACCCGAGCCAUUUCAACAUCUCCAAACGCCAUCUUUCGGAAGCGCUGUAGCGCUAGUGUUUCGUUCCAAGGAUCAUCGGUUGUGAUCCAGGAUAACUUCCUUGGCCAGCAUCAUUGAAGUGGGAUGUCCCAAACGCUUCAAUCCGCUGCCCCGCCCGCCAUGAAAAGUAUAAUAGGCCAACCACUUCAUGCUUUUGCGAUCGCAAGUAUGAACAGCCUUUAAUUAAGUUAGGUGCUAAAUACAGUAGCAAAGGCGAGCCAGCUUUGUCCUUUUCAAAUGUAUGUACAGUGCUCCAGUAUGUCAGCAGCCGUCU